AGACAAGAAGAAUAAGCCUGCAUUCAUAAUCCCAUACCGGGUCAUUCACAAUGUCGACUACAAUUGACGCACCGCGACAAUACAGUCAGCCUUCUCGUAAAGGCAAGAAGGCCUGGAGAAAAAAUGUGGACGUUACAGAGAUCCAAGAAGGUCUCCGGGCGUUGAAAGAGGAAGAAAUCAAAGGUGGUGUUCUGGCCGAGAAGCCGUCUGACGAACUUUUCACGAUCGACACCACUGGUUCAGAAGAAAUCCGCAAGGCGAUCGAGAAGAAACACAAGCCACUCAAAUCCGAAGAAAUUAUCGCUCAACGGUCCGCGAUCCCGGCAGUAGAUACUCGGAAGCGCCUGAGUUCGAAAGUUACAGAUGGAGUCAUUGAGCCGAAAACCAAGAAACAGAAGAGCGACUGGGUCAGUCGGAAGGAUUGGUUGCGCCUCAAGCAGGUGGCCAAGGACAACAACCCAACCAACAAGGUCGAAACCGGCGCUAAUUAUGACCCUUGGGCCGAUAACGAAGACCCAACUCCGCUUGACGAUCCUCAGUUUGACUUCCUGGAAAAGCCGAAACCCAAGGUCGCUCCCGUUACGCUGAAGCACGCCCCGAUUUCGCUUGCUGCGAAUGGAAAGCCGAUUCCUGCGGUCCGCGCCCCCAAGGCUGGUACGAGUUACAACCCGACGUUCGAGGAAUGGGAUCACUUGCUGCAGGAGCAGGGACAGCAACAGGUGGUUGUCGAGAAGAAGCGCUUGGAAGAGGAACAGAAGGAGCUGGAGAGGCAACGCUUGAUCGACGAGGCCAAAGAUGACGACGGAGAAGCGAAGUCGGAUGACGAGAGCGCCUGGGAAGGGUUUGAAAGCGAAUACGAAAAGCCGGACUGGCUGAAGAAGAAGCGACCUGAGCGGAAGACGAAGACCGAGAGGAACAAGGCCAAGAGACGCAAGGAAGCCGAGAGAAAGGCCAAGUGGGAGGCCAAACAGAAGGCUAAGGACGAACAGGUUGCACAGGCCAAGUCUCUCGCUCAACAACUAGAGGAGCAGGGCCUUGAAAAACAGGAUUCCGAUGCUGAUUCUGACGAGGAGGGUGAUGAGACUGUUUUACGACGGAGACCUUUAGGAAAGAACGCGUAUGUCCCCUUGGCCCUACAUGGUUUUCAUACAUUUGAUAUUAACCCAGCUACUAGGCCGCCCCAAAAGAACCUGGAGGUUGUCCUACCGGACGAAUUGCAGGACUCCCUGCGUCUACUAAAACCCGAGGGCAAUCUGCUCGACGAUCGAUUCCGCACGUUGAUCGUCCAGGGCAAGCUGGAAUCUCGCAAGCCAGUUUCGCAGCCCAAGAAGGCCAAGAGAAAGGUCACCGAGAAGUGGGCUUACAAGGACUUCAAGGUGCCGGGAGUGUAGAUACGAUUUCCUUCUUCACGUUUGCUCUUGUUUUGCUGUAUAGAUCUCAGUCGUAUAAUAUCCACUUGAAUAUGAAAAGUUCUUGCUUGAGCGCAAUUCGAUUUAUGGUGCAUUUGAGCCGAUAAGACUGCCACUAUAUCUGUAUUAUCUUUAUCAUCCUUAUCCCAAGACUGUAGCAAUCGUGUCGGCUGAGUAGUAGAAGCAGACUUCUCAGGUCCAGACUUGAAGUGGGCCCGCAAAUGAACGUCCGAAAUUUUUAUGCUUUUAGCGCCAAAGCGGAAUCGUCGAUUCUCCGCAUCGUUCGG